AUGACACAGCAUAAACGGGACGAGUCCGUCUCGCCCAUGGAUGCCACUCCUCGUUCCGCCUCGCCCUCCAAUCCCGAGUUCACACUCACCCCUCCGCCUCCUCCUAAACAAGCUUCCAACAAUCUCCUUCCUCCCGUUGACCUCAAGGUCGCUCGUCCUCCAGAAACUCAACCUCCGCCUAUCGAGACCAAAGGCGCUCUAUUUGAGCCCCCGCACGCUUCCUACUCAGCGCCCACGUCGGCUAUACCAAGAUCUACCCCAGCCUCGACCAAGUCGCUCAAGGACCAUGGAAUCAACGACCGAGACUUUGGACUUGCACCUGAGGGAGAGGGCCAGGAUACCAGCCAGGCACCCUCAAGACGCAGUGUACAGUUCACCCGGCCUGAGGGUGUAGAGUCUCCUCCAACACAUACUCGAAACAAUUCAUGGGAGGAGCCUGAUACUCCUGGAAAGUCCAAGGGUGUCUCUUUGAUGUCCAAGCUCAAGGCUCUCACUAGCACGGGUGGUUUACAGACAUCAAAGUCCUCGACCCUGCCCUCUGCGUCUUCCGAGCAGGGCAUGCAAUCCAUGGCGAGCUCUCCUACUGGUUCACGGCCGCCCCGUGGUAUCCCUGGCACAUUGACAGAGGAGGAUACUGAUGCCGACGCCGACGGUGAGGACACGGCCGACGAGGGCAACACCGAGGGUACCAAGUCAAAGAAGAAGAAGAGAAGAAUGCGUCGCAUGAAGAGGACAAAUGGUUCAACACCCGGAACGCCAAAGCGAUUCGCUCACGACACAAACGACCUCGACUCCUUUGAUCGCAUGGUUAGGCGCCGUGCGAGCAUGCCCGACGCAUCUGCUCCCGAAUACGGAGUGUCUGAAGGUGAAGGUCGAGAUCGUCUAGGAAGGGGAUAUCGCAGAGGGAACUCGUGGAUGACACCUGCUAUGCGACCCCCUGGCGAGGAGGCCGAUGAGGUGGAAAGCCCUGGUGCUGUUGGACGACGGAUGGGCCACCUUCGCCGAAUCACUGUAUUUGGCGGAGGAGGUGUGUCGGACGGCGAUGCUAUUACUCCUCGACGGCCAUUCUUCACAUCUGAAAGAGCUUCCACCUUUGGUGCUCAGAAAUGGAAACAAGUGAAGAACACUCUCAAGCUCCUCCGACAGAAGAAGGAAGAUAGAUUCGACUACUUCAAAUCAGCGGAGCUGAUGGCUGAAUUGAGAGCUGGAGCCCCGGCUGUUCUCAUGCUCGCCAGUAUGAUUCAGAGAGAUGAGCACGGUAACAAGAGGAUCCCCGUUCUCCUGGAGCAGCUCAAGCUUCGCAUCACUGACAGCUGCCCCAUGGAGGAUGACGACAAGGAUAGACACUGGAUGUUCACGAUAGAGUUGGAAUAUGGAAGUGGCCCGAGCAGGAUGAGCUGGACCGUCACAAGGACCCUCCGAGACAUCUAUAACUUGCAUCUGCGAUACAAGUUCGCUAUCAACAACGACAAGUACAUGCCUGGACGUCUAGACCUGGGUGGCCGUCCGAAACAGCCCAAGUUCCCUUACUCUGCUUUCCCUUAUCUUCGUGGUUCCCGUAAGAAGGGCGAGGAAAGCGACGACGAGGAACAGGGCAGCGGCCGGGGCGAGGAGACCCAAGGCGAGGGCACCGCCACUGAAGCAGCUGGAGAUGGUGUCUUCAGUGACCCGGAAAUGCUCGGCGCCCAGAGAAGAAGGUCUCGUACCUUUUUGGGCAUGGGACCCAGACGCAGAUCGACGGGUAUUACUGAUCCUGGCGAGAUGUCUAGUGCUGAGGGCGCGGGUAUGGAUGUGGCGACGCGAAGGCAGCGCUAUGUUGAGAAACAACGGCGUAUCUUGGAGAAGUACCUCUCCGAGAUGAUCAGAUGGCUCAUGUUCAGAGCGGACAGCAACCGACUCUGCCGCUUCCUGGAACUGUCAGCGCUAGGUGUUCGUCUCGCCGCCGAGGGUAGCUACCAUGGAAAGGAGUGCUAUCUACACAUCCAGUCCUCCAAGGGCCUGGACUUCCGCCGCGUUCUCACACCAGCCAAGGUAAUCGCUCGUCACAGCCGCAAGUGGUUCCUUGUCCGACAGAGCUACAUCGUGUGUGUCGAGUCUCCCGAGAACAUGAACAUCUAUGAUGUAUAUCUCGUCGACUCCAAGUUCAGCAUUGCCUCAAAGAAGAACAAAAUGAAGUCAAUCGGCUCCAGCCAGAAGAAGGAUGAGAUGGAUUUGACGGUGGAAGCGCUUCCCGAGAAGCACCAUACGCUCACCCUCCGCACAUCCGAGCGUAAGGUGCGAUUCUUCUCGCGCAACCAGUCCGUCAUGAAGCAGUUUGAGGACUCGAUCAAUGAGAUGCUGAAGCAGACCCCUUGGUUCCAGGAGAAGCGGUUCGACAGUUUCUCCCCUGUACGCACAAACGUGUUUGCUCAGUGGCUUGUCGACGGCCGUGAUUACAUGUGGAAUGUCUCUCGAGCCAUCAACAUGGCCCGCGACGUCAUCUACAUCCACGACUGGUGGCUGAGCCCCGAGCUUUACAUGAGAAGGCCAGCAGCUAUCAGUCAGAAGUGGCGACUGGACAGACUUUUGCAAAAGAAGGCCCGAGAGGGCGUCAAGGUCUUUGUCAUUGUCUACCGAAAUGUCGAGGCCGCCAUCCCCAUCGACUCGGAGUACACCAAAUUUUCCUUGCUCAACCUUCAUCCCAACAUCUUUGUUCAAAGAUCACCGAACCAGUUCAAGAAGAACCAGUUCUUUUUCGCGCAUCAUGAGAAGAUUUGCAUUGUAGACCACGACGUUGCUUUCGUGGGAGGUAUAGACUUGUGUUUUGGACGUUGGGAUUGCCCCCAGCACCCGAUUGUCGAUGAUAAGCCAACUGGUUUCGAGGUUUCCGAAAUCCCCAAGGACGCGGAGCAUUGCCAGCUCUUCCCUGGUAAGGACUACUCCAACCCUCGAGUCCAGGAUUUCUUCAGGCUCAAUGAGCCCUAUGAGGAGAUGUACGAUCGAAGCAAGGUCCCCAGAAUGCCCUGGCACGAUGUGGCCAUGCAGGUUGUUGGACAGCCCGCGAGAGAUCUGACGCGCCAUUUCGUUCAGCGAUGGAACUACCUACGCCGUGGACGCAAGCCCACUCGUCCUCUGCCCUUCUUGCUGCCUCCGCCUGACGCAAAAAUGGACGAGUUGGAGGCUCUCGGACUCACUGGCACUUGUGAGGUCCAGAUCCUUCGAUCAGCCUCCACUUGGUCCUUGGGAAUUGAGCAGACCGAGCACAGCAUCCAAAACGCCUACAUCAAGAUGAUCGAGGACUCGGAUCACUUUGUUUAUAUGGAAAACCAAUUCUUCAUCACGAGCACUGAGGCAUAUAAUACCCGGAUCGUGAACCGAAUUGGAGAUGCCUUGGUUGAGCGUAUUAUCCGGGCCCACGAAAACGACGAAGACUGGCGAUGUGCCAUUGUCAUCCCCUUGAUGCCCGGUUUCCAGAACACCGUGGACGAGCAGGAGGGCACAAGUGUUCGCCUCAUUCUCAUGUGCCAGUUCGCGAGUAUCUGUAGAGGAGAGCAAUCCAUCUUUGGCAGACUCCGAGCCGCCGGCAUUGACCCAGAGGACUACAUUGGCUUCUACUCUCUUCGACAAUGGGGCAUCAUGAGCAACGAUGUGCUCGUGACUGAGCAGCUCUACAUCCACGCAAAGACUAUCAUUGUCGAUGACCGGGUGGCCCUUAUUGGCUCUGCCAACAUCAACGAGCGAUCCAUGCUUGGCAGUCGUGAUUCCGAGUGUGCUGCCAUUGUUCGCGACACAGACAUGAUCAUGUCGACAAUGGCUGGAAAGCCGUAUCAGGUCGGCCGCUUCGCUCACACGCUCCGUCUGCGUCUUAUGCGAGAACAUCUUGGCUUGGAUGUUGAUGAGAUCUUGGAGGAGGAGCGCCGCGAGGAACUCGAUCGCCAGGACUUUGAGAAGGAGAUGGAAGAUAUCUACAACGAGGAUGUUGCCUCUCCCGAAUCUUCUACCUCCAACUCCAAGCGCCCAGAGCCUCUGCAGAUCCCCAGCUUCAACCACGACCUUGAUGUUACUACUGCCCGCGAGAUCGACACCUCCAGUACCAGUGACAACCAAGAAGCAACGCCAGAUAUUGCCCAGGCUGAAGGCAAGAGAAAGCAUGAGCUGGAUGUUACUGGAUACGGCCCUGACCGAUGGAAGAGUGCCGAGAAAACUGGCCUGGACGCAGGUCGUGACUCCGUCAUUGUCAAUGGCCGAGAAGUCCUUGUCAAUAACGUUAGCAACGAGGGCAAGGGCACGCUUGAGUCUCCCAGGGAAGCACACCAGCAUCCUCCUCUGGCGGACAACAGAUAUCUCGAGCCCGGCCACGCCAACAACGAUGGACUUCCUCCUGUGCCCGCUUUGAAUCGACGGACCACCGACCAACUGGGACUGCCUCGACCAGCACAGCUGCCUUCAUUGCCGAUCAGCGAUGACACUGACAUUGGAGGACCUGCACUACAUGUUGACCCUGAGUCUGGAAAGCUGACCAAUGGCGCGUUCCACCCGAUGGCCGCAGACAUUCACCCUGCCCACAUCGACAAGGACUGUAUGAAAGAUCCGGUCAACCCCAACUUCUUUGACGAGAUUUGGAACCGCGCUGCUCAGAACAACACCAAGCUCUACCGCCGCGUCUUCCGCUGCAUGCCUGACUCUGAGGUGAGCACUUGGGCCGAGUAUCGCGAAUACAUGGCCUAUGGCGAAAGGUUCCGCUCAAGCAUGGAGGGACGAAGCCGGUCAAGGGGCGAAGAUUCCGAAUUCCCUCCUUCUUCGCGACACCGUGGUUCCACCUCUGCUGGUGCCGGCGUGGGCGCGCCAGGACCGGAGGUGUUGGCCAAGGCUGCUCAGACGGAAGCCGAGAAGGCAGCUGGAAAGCUGACUGAGAAGCUGCCGUUUUCUGGACAUCACGAUGAUGAUAGAAUCAAGAUCGUUAUUCCUGACGACGGACCGCGGGCUAUGGACGAGAAGCAAGCAUUGCAUGAUGGUGAGGGAGGCUCAUCUCGACCAAACACAGGCCUGGACAGCGAGAGUGCCGUUGACACUCAACGGCCGAUAGAGGCGCCUUCUCCCGUUUACUCGGUGGGAGAUGUGCCAUUCCCUGCUUUUGAGAGCAACAACGGAAGGUUCUUGGAGCCGCAGACAAGUACCAAGAACAGGGAGCGUCGAACGACCUUUUCAACCCUGGAGAAGCCGUCCUCGCGAGAGACUAACGCUCCCCCGCCUGGUCAGUUUGGUUCGGUGAAGCGUAGGCGCCGCGCAACCACUAAGAACAGCCGGCGUGGCGGGUUCACCGUUGACGAUAUGCCGUCGCGCACUGAAGCCGAGGAACUUUUGAAUAUGGUACAGGGGAACAUUGUGCAGUUCCCUUACGACUGGCUUCUUACCGAGGAGCAGAACGGAAACUGGGGCUACCAAGUGGAUGGCGUUGCCCCCUUGGCUAUCUACAAUUAA